AUUUCACAACGUGUGUUUGUACAGUCUUUGUUAACAUCUUCAGUUCGCGUGCUUUGUACUGAAGGACAAGCCAUAGGGCACACGAUCAAGGAAAUGAAUGCAACUUUACUGCGCGAUGGCAGUCGGAGCUGGGACACUUGUUAGGCACUCGUGUGCGUGGGGACGGUUCCCGUUCGCUGCGUGAACCUGUGACCCAAAGCAGUGUCCCGGCUGGAAUGCGCAGGCGGUGCAGGCGCUGCUGCCACCCACGGCUCGUACGGGACAUUGCCCUGCGUGCAGUGGAAAGGUUGAGUCUGCUUUGCUGUCAGGUACCGGCUUCCGUGUGCAAGAUAACAUAUGAGGAGCUCAGUGUGGGACCCUUAAAGCAGAUUGUGACAUAGACUGGCAAUAUUUUUCACAACUGCGUGAAGCUAGAAAUCUGAGCGGAUGCCUGUGCCACCGCCGCCGCCACCGCCUCCUCCACCACCUCCACCACCUUCUGGAGGGCCCCCUCCACCACCACCUUCUGGAGGGCCCCCUCCACCACCACCACCACCACCGCUGGGAAGCUCAGAGAUACCAAAAUUGCGGAAGGAAGAGCAGAAAGCACGAGACGCACUCUUGGCUGAUAUCCAGCAGGGAACUCGCCUAAGGAAAGUGACCCAAAUCAACGACCGCAGUGCGCCGCAGAUUGAAAAACCCAAAGGAGCUAAUAGAGAUGGAAGUAACCCAGCUGUUAAUAAAGGUGGCUCUCAGCCACCUCUGGGAGGUUUAUUUGCUGGUGGCUUUCCUGUUCUCAGACCAGCAGGCCAGAGGGACAUGACAGGAGGGAGGCCUGGGCAGCUCUCCGGAGGCCGAGCAGCAUCACCCAGACCCUCCGCACCGGCGAGCAGCAGCGCUGCCAAGGCCAACAGCACCCCCUCACAGCCGGCCGAGGUUCCAAGGGCAGCUGUCCCACCGGAGCCUCCCGGCACCUCCCGAGCUGCAGCGGGAGCGGGUCCCGGGCGGCCCAGCCUGCCCGCCCCCCCUCCACCGCCCCCCGCUUCCAGCAAGCCUUCCCUCACCUUCCCUCCUCCUCCCCCUGUGCCCCCUCCGGCCGAUCGCCCUGCCAAGGCGGUCACCCCCGGCGCUGUUCCCCCGGCUCCGCUGCCUCCCCCUCAGGCUGACAAACCCACCAAGCCUCAAGCAGGCGCUUCGCACCCGCCCCCGCCGCCCCCACCUCCUCCUCCUCCUCCCCCGCUGCCCCCCGUGCCCCCCGGCGGGCCAGGCAGGGCCGCCGAGGCCUCUGCGGCCGCCGCUGCGCCGGCAGAAGGAAGGGACUGUCCCCUUCCCACGCCGCCACCGCCGCCUCCUCCGCCGCCACACGCCCACCCCCCGCCCGCGAACAGGCUCUCCUUUCCCCCCUCCCCGGCCUUCAGCGGUGCCGACGUGCCCCCUCCGCUGCCCCCCAAAUCUCCCCACUUGCUGUCACAGUUCCAUAAGCCAAGCAACAUCCAGUCGCUGCCGCUGCCACCCACCCCCGGCCCCCCUCAGCCCGCAGCCGGGGUGGAGACCAGGAAGAAGAGACCCGGCCGAGGCGCAGGAACUGGUGCUGGGAAGCUGGUCACACCUCCACAGCCACCUGCAAGAUCCCCAACAACUGAACUUACAAGCAAGUCUGGAGUCUCAGCCUGGGCUACAGCUCAUGACCCCUACACACCACUUAAAAAUGGAAAUAUGCACAUCAUUGAUGACUUUGAAUCGAAAUUUACUUUCCAUUCUGUGGAAGAUUUCCCUCCACCUGAUGAAUUCAAACCAUUUCAGAAAACAUAUCCCAGCAAGAUACCCAGAGAUCCCUCUAAAAAUCCUCCAUUAAGAACACACGUGAGAUGAGAAGAGUCUUCUGAUGUUCUCUGGACUAGUAAUAAAAAAGAAGAUCAAGAUAAUAUAUAAGACAGAAGGGGUCCCUCUUGCAGUGAUAGACUGUACUUGAUUCACAAGUACUGCAAUAUUAACAUUUCUAUAAACUGUAAAACAAUAUAAACUAUACCUUUUGAACUGGCCUACAUACUACAGGAAUGUUAGUACAGGCUUUUAAAUUACUGUAUAUAGGUGAAUAUUUUUUAAGCAAAGCAGCAUAAAAUUUAAAUUCUUUGUAGUGUUGAAACAAUUCUCAUUCUUAUUGUGCUGACAAUAUUACCUCAGAAUGUUUUGUGCUACGUGCCUGUAGUUCUUUUUUCUCCUUCCAUCAUAAUUUUUGAAAAUUCUCCAGUUAUUAUUUAGACAUUUUUUCAAUGAACUGUCAAACGAAUAUGCUAUCUUUAGUCUGUUUUCAUGUUUCUUCACUUCUUCCAUUCUGCCUGGCCUCAGGUUGCAGCAGGAUGUCACUUUUAUGAAGAGGUGGGCCCACAACCCUUUUCCCAUGAAGCAUGAAGAGGAGAUGCCAAGGAGCUGUGGCUGCUAAUGAGCCUACCUCCUUAAGAUUACAUAUCCUUAUAGGAUAGUGUCUGAAGAAGCCCAGCUGGGUAGGGUGGUCAUGGACUUGACAAAGAUGACAGGACCUGGACCUUUCCAAAGUAGAGGAAAAGAAGUUUCUCUAUUGUAAGCAAGAAAAAGAAAUGGUGUGUGUGAAUACAUGUGCCAUGAUGAGUGUAUGUAAGGACACAUGUCCUGUCUUUUCCUGCUGGCAAAGUGGGUAUUUACAUUUUCUGUGACAGAUUGCCUUUACCCAGCAAUUACAAAGCCUUUGGAUGAGGAGUCCAAAACCUACAUUUUAGAGCUACUACUAUUCGCUAGCAGUGAAGGUUCAUUGCCCAAAACACACCAUGUGGAACACUCAGCCCCAAAGUGGUUGUUGUCUCAAAUAGAGUUGGUUGGGAAAAGUAACAAUCUAGCAGCAGACAAGACUUGAACUACUGCUUUUAAUAUUCAGACCUUGGGUAAGGUCUUUGGGUCACAGAUGUUCAAAUCUGGUCCUAAGAUGUUUAUUUCUAGCAUUUAUUACCCUUAUUUUUGUGCAUUGGGAGGAGUGGUGCCAGGGAAGUGUGAGGGGAGUGAUUCUUCCCCAGUGCAAAGCAGACAUGGCCAUGCUGAAGAGAGUCCUACAAAAGGCCACAAAGGUGAUGACGGGGCUGGAGCAUCUCUCCUGUGAGGAAGGCUGAGAGAGCUGGGACUGAUCAGCCUAGAAAAGAGAGGCGAUCUCUCCAAUGUAUGUAAAUAUUUGAAGGGAGGUAUAAAGAUGGACCCAGACUCUUUUCAAUGAUGUCCAGUGACAGAACCAGAGGAAAUGGGCAGCUGCAACACAAGAGGCGCUGUCAGAACAUCAGACAGCACUUUUUGACUGUGCAGGUGACUGAGCCUUGGAACAGGUUGCCCACAGACCUUGUAGAAUCUCACUCCUUAAAGAUACUCAAAAGCCAUCUGGACUUUGUUUUCAGCAACUGGCAGUAGGUGACUCUGCUUGGCCAGGGGUGUUGGACCAGAUGACCUGUAACCAUCCCUUUUAAUCCCAACCACCCACUGAAUCCCCUUUUUACAGCUUUUCUGGGUUCCUAGACCUGGGUUACAGCAACCCAAGGCACUGUUGGGGGCAGAGUGGCUGGAAAUCUGCCUGACACUACAGGACUGGGGUGUGCUGGCUGAGAGUGGCUAAACAUGCUGAACAGGGGCCAGUGUGUGCUCAGGUGGUCAAGAAGGCCAACAACAUCUUGGCUUGAGGAGGUUCAGAGGGGACCUUAUCGCUCUCUUUAACCCAAAAGGACACAAUACCAAUGUGGGGGUCUGUCAGUCCUCUCAAGUAACAAGGCACUGGACAAGAGGAAAUGCCCUCAUGCUGUGCCAGGAGAGGUUUAUAUUUAAUUUAGGAAAAACAUCUUCACCAGAAAGGUGGUCAGGCAUUGGAACAGGCUUCUCAGGGAAGUGGUGAAGUCACCACUUAAUUGCUACAGGUAUUUAAGACUUGUAGAUAAGGCACUCAGGUGAUGCCUCAGGUUUUAGCUUCUACACAUUUCAGAUUCUGUACUGCUUUAGGGUGCAAUUCUGAGCUUCAUAUUAGGGGAUAGUAAGUUCUCAUCAUAGAGUAGGUAGACAAAGGACCUUUGGUCCUGGGGACCAAGGACAAAUGAUUCAAAUUUCAGGCCCAAGAGUGUAAACAACAGUGGAAUGAAGAGAGAAAAACAAGAAGGAUGGGACUUCAUAAUCUAAAGCUAUAAUUGGAUAAUUAACUCCCAUAUACUAAUGGACCAGAACUUAUAAAAGUGAGAGACCUCAUGACUGGUCAUCCACUUUGUGACCAUUUUGGGUUCAUCUUUGGUGUAGUUCUGGCUGGGCUCUUGUACUUCCCAAGGCACAUCCAUUGAGGCCUUCUAAUAAAUACCUACUUUAUUCUUUAACUCCAUCUAGUCUCUGUUCUAGGUCUUCUUCACAAGGCAUCACAGGGACUUGGUUUAGUCGUGGACUUGGCAGUGCUGGGUUAACAGUGGAUGAUCUCAAGAGUUGUUUUUCAGUGUAAAUGAUUCCAUGAUUCACCAGCCUGAAAAAGAAUACUGCUGUUCCAGGAUGAGUCUGGUGCUAACAGCCAGGCUAUUACAGUUACGGCAUUAAUUUAUAUAAUUGCCAUCAAGUCCCCUCAGUUAAAGAUGAAAUAAUGUUAUAGAUCACUGAUCAUCUUUCCCUGUGGUGUUGCCUUUGAACACAACUAUUUGGAAAAGACAGGUAACUGCAUCUUUACAUCCCUGCUUUUUUCUUUGUUGUUACAGCAGCUCAGUUAUACUGUAACUAUUCCCACACACAUGCACAUUCAUGGUGUGAGAUGGUGUAGGAGUAAGAAGCUCUUCACCCAUAGAACUCCAAGAAAGCAACAUUAGUUUGCUUUUAGUUUUUCUAGCCUGUUGUGAUAACUUGUUGUACAUCAUGUGAAAAGAAAAAAAAAAAGUGGUGAUGCUUUGACCAAUAGUGUCACUUACUGUAGCUAUCUGAUAAAUAUGCAUGAAUGUAGUAACAAGCAGGGUCAAAUCUACAUUGCUUCUCGAACAACUGGAAAAGUUCAAUACUGCUUUAAAACCUAUUUUGUUAUAGUAUUAUUAAAAGUGGCAUAUUGUUGGCUCUCAUUUAUUCUGAAAUUUGUGUACUGCUCUGUAGUAAAUACUUUCCUAAGGAUUUUAAAACUAAUUCUAGACUACCUGCCGGCAGAUAUAUAAAGGAGAAGAAAAUUUUACUCCAUUUUUUAUUAUGGUUUGGGUAUUUUAGAAAUAAACAGCAUCUUUCAGGGAUGAAAUGAGAAAUCCUGUGCCUGUUUGCUAACAUUUCUGAAAUGUUUUCAUAUAUUUGUCAUUCAAGAUCCAUUGAAGCAGCUGGAGAUACAGAGGAUCACGCUGGCUGUCACCCUGAGGCAGCUGAUCCCACAGGUCCCAGUGUGUUCUUCCACUGUGACACACCUCUGUUCAAGACCACUGGAAAUACUAAGACCAUGCAGUUGCUCUGGUUUCUACUAACUGCACCCAACCAUGUUGCUGUACCACAGCUGGUUUUGGUUUUUAAAUGCACUAUACAACUCAAGCAAAAUCAACAUACUAUUAGAAAAUUAAUACCUGGAUCACUGUGCUCAAAACAAUUUAUUCAUUCUGUCAUAUAAGCAGUUCCACAAAAGGACAUAAAUGCCCAUGAGAUAAUUGCAAGUUUUGCUUUCUUCUUUCUUAAGAAACAGGCAAAUAAGAGACAUGUUUUUAACAGGAACACUCACUUCUUUCAUCUUGCCUCCCUCCCAGCUCUCAAAGAUUAGAGAUCAUGCAAAAUAACUGUGAGAAGUGGUACAUCCUAAUUUUUGUCCUCUCACUGGGGCAAUCAUUUUAUUCUUGUUCCCUGGUUGUGCAGAAAUACCCAGCUACUCCUAUCAGGAGAUGUGAUUUCAUGGGAAAUCCAUUUACUUCAGUUAUGGGCAGCUGGAAAAAGCACAGGUCUCUUUCAGUGGGCUUCAUCCCCUGUAAUGUUCUCUGAAAUCAAGUGUGCUUCUUGCAGUCACAGCCCCUCCUCUGGUUACCAUACAGAGCAGCUAAAUUUUAGAGUCUACUUGAAUAUUUCCUUCUCCUAUUGUCUACACUUUAAAAUACUUAGACACAGGAGUUGGUCCUGGGAUUGACAGCAUGGGAGGAUUUCAUUGUGAAUGGGAGAUUACUAGGUAGGCCGCAAGAGAAAAUAUAUUCUUCCUUGUUUUCUGUAAGUGAAAAGGGCCCAUGUUUUCUUGUCCAAUUGCCCUUUGUCAUAUAAGACAAUAGCAAAGUAAUGAGUCUGAAUGGAACAAUUUCAUUUAAAAAAUCCUGAGAAUGCAGUGUGCCAAUAUGGCAAUGACUAUUUCCCUGAUGCACAACUCUUACAGUUUCAACUUGAGGUGUUUCUGCUUUCUAAGGAGCUUUUACUUCCUCAAUACCUGUGGUUCUUUAGCAUCCACUUUCUCAAACAGUGAAGGAUUUUAGCUCCAUAUGUUAACUUCCACUUACUAAAGACAUGGACAUCCUCUUUCAACCUUCUGUAUGAAAAAACCCACCAUCCAGCUUCACUGGACACAGUGUUUACUGGUUUAAUUCUCUGUGUGUGCCCUAUCUCACUUGAACAAGAAGAAAAUACAAUGAGAAGCAGGUCUGCCUGUAGGACUGUGGAAGAAGGGAAGCAUGCUGCAGCAGAGCACCUAAUGUAAGGAAGCAUAGGACAGCCAUUUCUAAGCCUAACCAGAUGGAUUGCCACACCCACCAGCAACUCACUGGUACUAAAGGAUUCAUCAGCCAUGUGUCUCACAACAGAGAUAACUAGGAACUGCUCGGCAGUACAGAGGCAGAAAGAUGGAGAAUAGCCAGGUACUUAUCUAUGUCCAGCAUCUAUUCCUUUAAAAAAUUCCAAAUCUGUAGCUGGUAUAUAAAUCUGACACGUUAUUAAUUGCAUCUUAAGAGCCAGUAUGUGUAGAUCUCUAUGGCAUCCAGGCUGGCUCUGCACUUCAGGACUCAGUUCUGGAGCAGCAGCCAGCUGCACUACAAACACAAGCUGGCUGAGGUCAAGGGCAGAACUUAACCUGGGGACUGAAUUCUGAUAAUGUGUACAGGUAUAAUGUCAGGUGCUGAGUUACUGCAAACAGAUAUGGCCAUACGAGGCCAGCACAACACGGUCAGGAGCCAGAACUUACCUUCCUG